GCCAAGAAGGUCAAGUCCGACAGCGAGCCGUCGGAGGUUGUCCCCGACGUCUUCCUCGGCUCCAUCGGCGCCGCGCACAACCGCGAGGUGCUCGAGCGCCUGGGCAUCACGCACAUCCUCACCGUCGCGGGUGGCUUUGAACCCAAGUUUCCCCAAUCGUUUAUAUACGAGUGCGUCGACGUCAAGGACGUGCCCGAGGAGCGCCUCAGCGUUCACUUCGAUCGGUGCCUCAAGUUCAUCGCCAAGUGUUUGCUGGACGGGGGCAGGGUGCUGGUGCACUGCUUCGCGGGGAAGAGCCGCAGCGCGACGGUGUGCGCCGCCUACGUCAUGGCCACCGAGGGGCUGUCGCUCGAGGAGACGCUCGUGACGAUUGGGCGAAAAAGGCCGGCGGCGUCGCCCAACCACGGGUUCAUGGCGCAGCUCGCGAGCUUCGAGCGGGAGCUGAAUAGGGCCAGGACGGAGGGCAGGCUGCUGGGUAGGGUGCAGCUGGACGCGCGGAGGGCGGCGAGCUGCGAAGAGUUGGCGGUUAAGAGCGGUGAGGAGGGUGAGGAGGUGGUUGAGGGGACGCGUGACGAGUGA